GGGGCAGAGCCAGAGCGAGGCUGGGGAGCCGUUAGUGGUGGGGGGGGCGGGAGGCCGAGGCCGCCAUCAUGGGCAUCUCGAACGACGCCGAUAAAACCCUGUUCGUCGGCAACCUCGACGUGAGAGUCACCGAGGAGAUUCUGUACGAGUUGUUUCUGCAGGCUGGUCCCCUCAUUACUGUAAAAAUCCCAAAAGACAAGGAGGGGAAAACAAAGCAGUUUGCAUUUGUGAAUUACAAACACGAGGAGUCUGUCCAUUAUGGAAAGGACCUGUUAAAUGGAAUACCACUGUUUGGCAGAGCUCUCAACAUCCAAUUCCGAUCGGGGAGUGUUCAUGAUUCCCGGGAAGGAAACCAGGCUCCAAAUUCCAAUGUUGGUUCAUACUCCAAUCAGUUCAAUAAUAACCGGUUGCGGCCACAGUCCGUUAAAAGUUGUGGUUUUGGUGCGGUCAGUUCAAGUACUUACAGGGGAUGGAUAAGGCUCAUACAAUUCAGAGAUCAUUUUCCUCACCUGAUAGUCUUCAAAGACAGGCAAUUAUGAACAACUUUCGACAACAAUCAAGAGGAAUAUCCAGUUACCAGCUGGGAGGGCUGCAGGCAAACCUAACUGUGCGAUUACCACAGCAACAGCCAAAUAGAGCGGCCUCCAACCAGCCAGCAGGAUUGCCAAAUUAUACCAUUCCUGCACCGUCGAGAUUUGUUACAACUCAAACCCAGUGGAAUUUGGAAAUGCACAGGCAUAAAACCCAGCCACUGCCGUAUCAGCAGGACAACAGUUAUUACACGCAAGAGGGCUUCCAGGAAUCUAGUUCAGAUCAACGCUAUAGGGGCAACCGUGAGUCAGAAUAUCGCCACAACAAAACUUGGGAAUAUGAUCCCAGGAGGGAGCAUUCUAGUAGUGAAAGACGACGAGCAAACUGGCAUUAAAAAGUUGCAAACCCAGUUGAUAGUAUAAUUGAAUCCCCGUCUGUAUUUAAAUUUGUGGUUUGGUGAAAUGAGAAUUAAAUGGAAAUGGGAUCCACUGAAUAGAAUCACCAAUUUGCGUUCCACUUCCAGUUUAUUCUAAUUCUAAAGUAUUUAGUGUUUUAUUUUAGUAUGCCUAGCCAGAAGAAUAUCUUUAAUAUCUUAACAGCCUUACGACCAAGGUUGGCGUGAGUUUGAACUAAAUUCUUCCAGAACUUUUUUUUGUUGGUGCUUUACAAACCCCUAAAGUUGUGUGCUGAGGGAAAUGAUAUUAACAGCAAUAAAAGAGAAAUGAAAAGAGCUUUUUGACAAUGUUAAGUGUACAAUUGCUGAAAGGUGGCAUAUUCUUCAUAUCAGAAUAAUUGUACGGUGGUAUAAUAAAUGAAUCUGACUAAGGAUGUUAUUUUUAAUUAAUGGUUUAGUGAGUAAACGAUCGACCACUGUCAAGAUCUGGAGAAGUGUAGCAGGAAUGAUUGAGUUAUGAAUCCAAUGAGUUGCUUUCGUAGCUUUACAAGGAUGGAGUGUGAUGUGAUUGGGUGGCAGAUUGCCAAGUGGCAAUGUCCAGCCUGAUCUCAGCAAAGUGAGUGAUCCUGUUAGGUUAGUUUAAUGCUCGUUGACUGAGGCUUGCCACUCGUUUCUUUCUGGCACGUACUAGUAUUCAGAAAGUAAACGUGAGCUCCCGUAAUUUACAAUUGCAUUUAAUACCAGGAGUAUGAAUGUGUGGGAGUUGCCUAGUAUUUUGUCUCCAUUACACCAUUACCAAUAUUAAAAUUUGUGGAACGUCAAGUAAAUCGCUUUUUAAGGGAUAAGGGAGAAGGUAAACCUUUACUAAGAGUAUAAAAUAUUUUGCUCAGUGUUGUGUAACCCUCAUGUCAACUGGAGAUUUCAUUGCAUUGGUUUUAGAGUUGAUUAAAAAUACAUUCCUAAGAUUUUUGACAAGUGAUAUACACUCUGCAGCUACCUCUAUGCAUGAUAAUUGAAGGACUCAUUAACGAUUUGACUUAUGUGUUAGAAACAUGUGUUUAUAAAUACAUUUUCACCAUUUUUCCAAUUUUACAAAUAUGUUGUUAACCAUUCCAGGACUCCAAAACUUUUUACUUUUUUUAAUGUGUUUUUUUUAAAAAAAAAACUUUUCCCAAUGCAGUAUUGUUGAGCAAAAGAAAAAUGUUAACUGCAGUGUCUUGACUAAUCAGAAGAAAAAAAUAAUGUGGAACUUUAAAAUGAUACUGUACCUCGAUCUAAAUUUGGUUUGUUUUAGUUGUACAGCUUGGUGUAAUGUUCAUGAACGUUGUUAAUAUUGAAGCCUUUUUAUAAAAUUUCGUACAAUUUUGUAGGAAAAUCUGAUUACGGAAUAUUACAUGAUUUUAAGACUUUGACACAGCUUUUGCAUAUUGUAGCUGAGUAAGAAUAUGCCUGUAAAAUCUAUCGUCUUGUUAAUAGAUUUUACUCUUCUGUGCUAUCUAGUGGUGGAAUUUAUUCUGCAUUUCUUUCCCCCACUCCUAUGGAAUUUGAAAUAGGUUUGAAAAGUUGUUAAGGAUUGUACAGGCUGCAGCAAAUGAGAAAUUGUCACUUUCAGUAAUGUACUUACGUUCUGUUUCUUUACACUUUAAAGUCGGCAGUGUUUCAAAGUAAAAAAAACACAAAACAA